ACACAAAAUGGAAACCUGGAGGUCGAAACUCGAAGCCAGCGGCGGUGUGUUCCGCAAGUUCACAGGGCAGUUUAAAGCAGCGCUGGGCGAAGUGGGAACGCAACUCAAGCAUCAUGCAAGCCAGGCAACCAAGGAAAUAGGAAUCGAUCUAGACAAUAUCAACACACCGCCAUUCUGCAAAGGGAUUAACCAAGUGCAAUGCUCACUAUUCUCACCACCGGGCAGCUGCGCAAGCAAACGUACAAGCAUCAGUGUGUCAGGAGAUUAUAACUUCGUAUUCGAAUUGAAAUUCCAUCCACAUGAAAUAGGAGUUGUUAUAUGCACAGUAUCCAAUGUCAAGGAACAAGACUGUACCUUCAAAUGGAGACGUAAGCAUGCAACCUAUGUAGUGGAUAUCGAACAUGCCAAAGGACCGAGAUAUGUGCUUACAGCCGAUGAUAUAGGUAACAGCAUAGUGGUCCAUUGCACACCAGAAGGAGGAUUGGGUACAGCCAUUGGAGAAAUCGGGCCCUUUGACGUGGAUGUAACCUCAAGAAGAGCUAUCCAGGACUCAUUGAUCAACUCAAGUGCAAGACACGAUGUCUACAUGGAACGUGAUGCAGCUACCAUCAAGACGGUUACUGAGGUGCUACGAAACCCAGAUAUAACAUUCUGUAAAGAUGGGUCACAGGUUAAAUACGUCAUGUAUAUCAUGGCAGAGGAAGUGCAACUACAGUCAGAUGAUGAUUUUAAAGGAGAUACCAUACUGAAAUGCAGAUAUACAAGCUCAUUCCCAAGGGUUAGACUAUGUAACCAUGAACCGUGCAGGAUGUUCCUCACAAUCAGUGAUAAGCAUGAAGUAACUUUACGGAUGCUCAGCAAGCAACAGAGAGAUAUGGUAGCACUCACCCUGCGGGCAUUCCACAGCAGAGCCCUUAUAUUAAACUCACUGGAAACUAAUUCAUUAGAAGUCCUGAGAGAUGGAAAGUUGCAAGAUGUAACCAGUGGAGGUAGACACCUAAAUGUAAUCAUGGCGCUACAAAAAGCAAAUGACGAUCUUUCAGUAGCACUAGAUGAAACCACAAGGUUACGUAAGGAGCUCAGUCGUUGUAAACAAGAAAAGAGCUUUUUGGAAUCUGAAAUGGAAAAUACAAUCAGAGUGUUCCAACAACAACUAUCUGAAGAUGAUACACAAGAACCUAGCAAAGGACAUAAUAAGGAAAAUUACGAAACACUGUACACCGAUUUGAUCAACAGAAAUGCACAAUUGGCAGAUCAGUUAGCUGAGAUCACAAGAGAACGCAAUAACAUAGAACAGGAACUAGAUACAGUACGAGGGGAACGAAAUAGACUUGAUAAACAUGUACAAAGCGUGGUUAAGGACCUGGAAAGAUUAAGGUUCGAUAACCAAUGUCUAGAGAAACAAGUAGAAGAUCUAAAGGCUAAAGUCAGGAAACUCGCAUCGCUCUAAACAUAGGGAUCACACACAGU